AGCCAGGCAGUGGCUGUGCCCUUUUGCUUCUGUCUUAGGGGAGGGUGGCUGACCCGCUAGCCCAGAACCAGACUCAUCUAGGAUUAGGAAGCUGGGGCCCAGCGUGGACAGCAGUUUCGGGGCCAGGUCUGCGGAUGGCUUUCUUUGGCAGAGCCUGUUCGGGGGCGGGGCCGCUUACCGCAGGCAUUUACCCGGCCCAGCGGGGCUCUGGGCGCCCACAACGCGGGUCAGUCAGCUCCCCUGUGACCCAGGCAAGCUCUUAAUCUCUGUGAUGAGAAAGAAGGGCUCAUACCUUUCAAGGGUCAUUGUGAGGAAUCGGAAGAAGCAGUAUUUUAUAGAGUAUUUUCUAACUGUUGAGUCUUCUGUCGAGUGCUUUGCAGAAGUAAAAUAUCUUGUUAGCUCCCCUGUGACCCAGGCAAGCUCUUAAUCUCUGUGAUGAGAAAGAAGGGCUCAUACCUUUCAAGGGUCCUUGUGAGGAAUCGGAAGAAGCAGUAUUUUAUAGAGUAUUUUCUAACUGCUGAGUCUUCUGUCUAGUGCUUUGCAGAAGUAAAAUAUCUUGUCAGCUCAGUGAUGUGGCUGCGCUCCUUUUAUAGGUAACAGAAAGACAUUAAGAGGUUUUCCUGCAGUCACUGCUGACAGAGCCAGGAUCUGAACGCAGGCAGCCUGGCUCCAGACCUUGUGCGCUUAACUUCUGUUUUGCAUCAAGAAUAGAGUCCUAUGAAAGGCCUGUACAGUGCUUCGUACCGAGAUAGCAGCAUCAAGGAGCAUUGUGUACAUGGAGAAGUGCACAGUACCUGGAUUGAAACUGCUCGUGUUCCAUUUCUGGUACCAUUCAUAACUGACUGUGUGAUCUCAAGACCUCUAAAAUGCAGACCUCCAGCUCUAGAUCUGUGCACCUGAGUGAAUGGCAGAAGAAUUACUUCGCAAUUACAUCUGGCAUAUGUACAGGACGGAAGGCAGACGCAUACCGUGCACAGAUACUACGCAUUCAGUAUGCAUGGGCAAACUCUGAGAUUUCCCAGGUCUGUGCUACCAAACUGUUCAAAAAAUAUGCAGAGAAAUAUUCUGCAAUUAUUGAUUCUGACAAUGUUGAAUCUGGCUUGAAUAAUUAUGCAGAAAACAUUUUAACUUUGGCAGGAUCUCAACAAACAGAUAGUGACAAGUGGCAGUCUGGAUUGUCAAUAAAUAAUGUUUUCAAAAUGAGUAGUGUACAGAAGAUGAUGCAAGCUGGCAAAAAAUUCAAAGACUCUCUGUUGGAACCUGCUCAUGCAUCAGUGGUAAUCCAUAAGGAGGCCACUGUCUUUGAUCUUCCUAAAUUUAGUGUUUGUGGUAGUUCUCAAGAGAGUGACCCAUUACCUAACUCAGCUCAUGAUCAAGAUAGGACCCAGGACUUCCCAGAGAACAAUCCUUUGAAACUCCUUCAGAGUGCCCAGCCACCUAUGGUGACUAACACUGCUAAGACUUGUCCUACAUUUUCAGCACCUGUAGGUGACUCAGCCACUGCAAAAUUCCAUGUCACACCGUUGUUUGGAAAUGUCAAAAAGGAAAAUCACAGCUCUCACAAAGAAAACAUAGGACUAAAUAUGUUCUUAUCUAAUCAGUCUUGUUUUCCUGCUGCCUGUGAGAAUCCACAAAGGAAGUCUUUUUAUGAUUCUGGCACCAUUGAUGCACUUUCCAACCCAAUACUAAAUAAGGCUUGUAGUAAAACAGAAGAUAAUGGCCCAAAGGAGGAUAGCAGCCUGCCUACAUUUAAAACGGCAAAAGAACAAUUAUGGGUAGAUCAGCAAAAAAAAUACCACCAACCUCAGCGUGCAUCAGGGUCUUCAUAUGGUGGUGUAAAAAAGUCUCUAGGAGCUAGUAGAUCCCGAGGAAUACUUGGAAAGUUUGUUCCUCCUAUACCCAAGCAAGAUGGGGGAGAGCAGAAUGGAGGAACGCAGUAUAAGCCUUAUGGGGCAGGGCCUACAGAACCAGCACAUCCAGUCGAUGAGCGUCUGAAGAACUUGGAGCCAAAGAUGAUUGAACUUAUUAUGAAUGAGAUUAUGGAUCAUGGACCUCCAGUAAAUUGGGAAGAUAUUGCAGGAGUAGAAUUUGCUAAAGCCACCAUAAAGGAAAUAGUUGUGUGGCCCAUGUUGAGGCCAGACAUCUUUACUGGUUUAAGGGGUCCCCCUAAAGGAAUUUUGCUCUUUGGUCCUCCUGGGACUGGUAAAACUCUAAUUGGCAAGUGCAUUGCUAGUCAGUCUGGGGCAACAUUCUUUAGCAUCUCUGCUUCAUCCUUAACUUCUAAAUGGGUAGGUGAGGGGGAGAAAAUGGUCCGUGCAUUGUUUGCUGUUGCAAGGUGUCAGCAACCGGCUGUGAUAUUUAUUGAUGAAAUUGAUUCCUUGUUAUCUCAAAGGGGAGAUGGUGAGCAUGAAUCUUCUAGAAGGAUAAAAACAGAAUUUUUAGUUCAGUUAGAUGGAGCAACGACAACUUCUGAAGAUCGUAUCCUAGUGGUGGGAGCAACAAAUCGGCCACAAGAAAUUGAUGAGGCUGCCCGGAGAAGAUUGGUGAAAAGGCUUUAUAUUCCCCUCCCAGAAGCUUCAGCCAGGAAACAAAUAGUAAUUAAUCUAAUGUCCAAAGAGCAGUGUUGCCUCAGUGAAGAAGAAAUCGAACAGGUUGUACAGCAGUCUGAUGGGUUCUCAGGAGCAGACAUGACACAGCUUUGCAGAGAGGCUUCUCUUGGUCCUAUUCGCAGUUUACAAACUGCUGACAUUGCUACCAUAACACCGGAUCAAGUUCGACCAAUAGCUUAUAUUGAUUUUGAAAAUGCUUUUAGGACUGUGCGACCUAGUGUUUCUCCAAAAGAUUUGGAGCUUUAUGAAAACUGGAACAAAACUUUUGGUUGUGGAAAGUAAAUGGGAUUCUUGGAAUCAAAAGAAGGCAUCUCUGUAGUACAGUCUUUUAUUUUUUAGCAUAGAAAGUUGGGGAUGUGUCAAUUGUGUUUUUUAGAAUAUAUUCUGAAUUCUGUACUUCAAAUAAUAAUAGCUCAGAUUUUACAACUGAUUGACAUAGUGUAUGGUUAAUGUAAGUUUUGCUUUCCAGUGAUUACCUGAUAUGUAAGCCUAUCUGAACAAAGUGAGAAUGAACUUUUGUUUCUAGGAAGUCUUUCUCUUGAAGCUAUAUAACAUGAAAAGUGAGCUCAAAUUUUUUUUAGUUGAAGAUUACAUAUAAAGUUGUAUCUGAUUAAUAUCCAUCUUUUAUUGAAGAAAGUGCCUUCUGAUGGCCACAUAAUUCUUAAUGUCGGCUAGUAUAAUGGUUUACAUUUGGACAAAGUAUUGCUUAAUGUUAUUUGAGUAGAUUUAAGAUCUCACUAAAAGCUAAAGUGCCAAUUUUUACUUUCUUCAGCCAAUUUGUUACCUCUUUUAUGGUUGUUAAUUUUUAUUGGGACUAACAUUUUCAGAAAUAAUAUGGUGUGAUCUAGUAUUAGAGAUAUGUUCACAGAACUGAAAGCUUAGUUAAGAAUGUUGGUUACUUUCAGGGAGGCGUGUGAUAUUUAACAUUGAUAUUUUAUUUGACACUACAGCCUGUAAUACUACUGUCUUUCAAAAAUAAGUGUUUUCAGAUUUUUAUAACAGACCCAUUUUGUUUUAUGAAACAUGUUUAUUACCAUGAAGCAUGUUCAUUACAGAAAUAUGAGAAAAUAGAGAUAAAUAAAAAAUAAAAAUCACUGUUAUCCUACCACUUUGCAGGACACACUAUUAAUAUUUAAGCAUAGAUUUUUCCAGAUGUUUUGUUUUAUAUAGCAGUAGGAUUGUAUAAUGUAUUCUCUCUUGUAGCCUGCUCUUUAAAGCAUAUCUUUACUUUCCAUGUUGACAUAAAUGUCCUUUUAUGAUUGUCUAGGAUUCCAUGGAUGGAUGGACUAUAAUUGAGUCAUCUGGUAGAGUGCAUAUAGGACAGGACACUAGGUUGUUUAUCUUUUGUUUAUUGUAAAGGAACUAUGUGGGAUGCAUUUGGUGAUCCUUUUUAAAGAAAUGUAUAAAUUUCUUGAGUAAUUCUUGGAUUAAAGAAUAUGCACUUUUUAAUGCUUUUGGCUUGCAUUCUAAAUUGUCCUCUUGAAAAAGUAGUUCCUGUGUAAAACUCCAUCUGCACUGAGUCAGAGCUGUGGCAGCAUUGGGGAGGAUGCAGUUUUGGUAUUUGUUGGCAUUCUUUUUGCAUUUAUUCAAAAAAACUGAAGGUACUAAAGGUAGAGCAAUGAACAACACAAAUAUCCUUGGUCUCAUGGAGGUUACAUUUAAGUUCUAAUGUUUUCUCUUGUGAACAGUGCAAUUUGAAAUGACAAAUUGAAACACUUAGUUGUUGAAUUUAGACAGUUUGUAUAUGUAUAGUUUAAAUUUUUAUCCUUGGUUUGCCUUCUGUUUUUAUGUUAAAAGAUUGUUGUUGCAAUUUUUAGUUUUUCCCUUUGUAAUAUGUGAUUGUCUUUCAUUAGAAUUCGUUUUUUGUUUUGUUUUGGUUAUUUUGAGACAGAGUCUCGCUGUGUUGCCUAGGCUGGAGUGCAGUGGUGUGAUCUUGGCUCACUGCAACCUCUGUCUCCUGGGUUCCAGUGAUUCUUGUGCCUCAGUCUCCCUUGUAGCUGAGACCACAGGUGUGCACCACCACGCCCAGCUAAUUUUUGUAUUUUUAAUAGAAAUGGGGUUUCACCAUGUUGCCGAGGCUGCUCUCAAACUCCUGGCCUCAAACGAUCCACCCACCUCAGCCUCCCGAAGUGCUGGGAUUACAGGCAUGAGCCACCAUGCCUGGCCUUUAUUAUUAGAAUUUGAAUGUUAAACUUCUUGUCUUCAGUUCUUAGUUAUAUCUUUUAACAUCCUAAAACAUUUCACAAUAUUCAUUACUGUCUUUAUCUCUUUCUAUUUAUAUAAACAGCACUAUAACCUUGGGUUCUUUGGUAUUGAUGUCAAGGAAUUCUCUAGUUUUUCUUUCCUGCAGAUCACUCCCACCUUCUUGGGUCUUAAAAUUACUAUAGCUAUUUAGAUUUGUCAGCAUUUGCCCUCUAGCUGUUAAUGUUUUAUUUAGCUCUGUAAUUUGGUCUUAAUAUUUAUUACCAGUUUUUUUCAGUUACAGCUUCUGCCAGCCCUGACUUUAAGCCCCCUUGACCACCAACCACAGGGCCACUUCUUUCUAUGGAGUUUAGAAAUUGUGACAAGGAGAGAAAGUCUAGUUGGUUUAGCUCAUCUUGGAUUAGCAGAGCCCAUGUCUCUGGUUAGCUCAAGAAAUGGCCCUUCCUGAAUUAAGGUCUACUCUGUUAAAUAAGAAUCUUAACCUGAAAGGAAUAGUCAGGAUAUUUUAAAGCUGGAAAGAAAAUUUGAGCUGGGAAGUCAACUGUUGUUUCUAUGGUAUACCACAGAGAAGAAUUUGUCUCAACACUUUGCGAUUUUGAGUGUUUCUGAAGCAGCUGGGUAGGAAGCUUACUGAAACUAGGAUUUCUUACUCUCGCCAUAUGUGAUUGUCUUCAUUGAUUGUAAUAAUCUUGGAUUAAAUUCUUUUGAGUGUGGCACUGCCCUGUCUUUAGCCAUUGCUUCAGAAACAUGAAUGCUAGCCUGAUAUUUAAUGUCUUUAAAAAUUACAUUCCCUUAGUAGAAAUACACAUUUUAACAAACUUGUCACUUGGUUAUGGUAUUAAUGCUUAACAAUUUUGAUAUGAAUAUGGUAAUUCUAAUUUAUAAUUUCAGGCCUUCUUAAAUCUUUUUAUUAUACAUCUAAUAAUAUAUGAUCCUUUUGAUAUGUAUUCAUUCUGUGGUAAAUUUCUAAUUUUUCUGAAAUUUUAACUCAUUUUCUCAAUUUUAAAACAUUUCUUAGGUCUGCCUUUCAUAUUGACAAGCUGAUCUUGAUGGAAUCAUAGUCUAAAGAUCGUGGACUGUGGAGCCAAAUAGACCUGUUGAAUUCUGGCUCUGUUAUUUACUGGUGACUGUUGGUUACUUAAUUAUUCAAUCUCAAUUCUAAAGUGCGAAUAGUUUAUAUCUGUCUUGUUGGAGAGUGAGGAUUAAAUAGUAAAAGACAGAUUUAAAAGGCCUGGUUCAUGUUUUAUGAUUGUGCAUCUUCUUUGAAUCUGCCUUGAUUUUGCUCUUGUUGCUGUGAAGGAUCUUUUCAACUAUUUUGUGUGGUUGUCCUAGCUCAUUCUGCUUAGUGUUUGUGGUAUUUGCAUCAUAUUAUUAGAGAUCAUAGAUCAUAUGCCAUCUAUCUUUAGUUUUGUGGAAAAAUUCUAAUUCUAAAGAAAUAUCUCUUAGUUAUGUUUCUCCUUUUCUACACUUUAGAAUUUUUUUAAAGGUCUGUCCCAGAUUAUUAUUUUUCUCUGCUCAUGCUUGUAUGUUAUUUAUUGGUCUCCAUUGUUAUUUCCCAGUGGUUUUUUUUUUUUUUUUUUUUUUUUUAAGGGACACUUUACAGUCCACCUUUAGGGAUCUGAAUAAAAGAAAGGAUUCUAUCAAGGUCCAUGGCAAAAGGACAGGUUGGAUAAAGAUAGCAUCUUUUAACUUCCUUCUUAUAUUCCUUGUUCUUGACCUCAGUUCGGGAGUUGGUGGUGAGGGAGCACAUUUUAAACAGUUUAAGCAGGUGGGACCAUCUUGAAGGUUUGGCCCAGCAGCCUGGGUGAAUGGAGGGAGUCUUGGGAGAAUAGAUAAGAUGCAGUCACCACUUUUAACUCUUGCCCUUAAAAAAUACUUUUACAACACAGUUUAUAAUGGAAAGAGCAUUAAAAUGGACGUUAGAAAACUGCCAGUGAUUCUAACCUUAGACAAUUUGUACGAACUCCCUAAGAUCUGUUUUUUUUAGUGAUAAAAGGAAAUUGUACUGGACAAUCCUUAAUGACACAUGCAGAUUUCUGUUAUCACUUACCAAAAAUUUAUGAAUUUGAGAAUUGCUUCUAGGGUAUCAGGUGCUGGGUACUGGGAGGCACAAAACAAAGUAUAGUCAGGUAAGGGCUAACUUUAUUACUAAUUUGGCUCAUUAUAAAAGCAAUGGGAAAACAUCAAGACAGGGCUUUAUUAAGGAGUUAAGUCAGCAUAAUGGACCACUUAAUAAACCACUUAAGAAAAGGGAAAAAGGAAGUCCACAUAAGGUGGCAUUUUAUAAAGGCAACAUGCUCUGGUUAAGGACACUUGGGCCAUUGGUGUUUUGUGACAGCUGGGCUCAGGCAUCUCAACAAGCAGUGGUGUGCCUGCUGACCAGCAGGGCCUGCCAUGGCCAGUGAAGCCCAGCUAUUAGAGCUCUCUCAAUCCAUUUCUGCUCAGAAAUGUAGAGAUGGCAGGGAAAACGUAGCUAAGUCCCAGGUUCCUUGGAUAUGGCCAGGGCAAGCACUCCCAUACUACAACAACCUGUGCAGUCAGUGAGUCCAGAGCAGAGGCCUUGUCUCCUCCUUUGCUCACCUUCAACCACUGUCCUUGACUGUCAGGCCCCGGUUCUCAUCCCCAGGUGUGAUGAAGCCAUGCGGUCCCAGAGAGGGAGCCAUCCACUUGGUAGUCCCAUGCUUUAGUGUCAGAGUUGCACCUUACCUUUGUAUCCAAGAAAUGCAUGCAGCUCAACUUUCCCUUAAAAGGCUUCUAGGAAAAAACUACCCCAGCAUUUUUUUUCCCCUAGAAGAAUAUAUUAGCUUAAUAAGAAAAGGUAUAGUAUCAAACUUUUCAUUUAAAAUAGUGGCCUAAGCCACAAAUUUACCUUUCCUGCCCAUAUGUGCAAAAUUUUCAUUGAAAUGAAAAAAUACACACUAAGAAUAAAUCCAGUGUGAUGUUGGAAAAAAGAAGGUUACCAUUUUCAAAUAUGACAGGUGUUUCUGGAGGUCACAAGGCAAAUGGUAUUGGGUUGUUGGAAUCGCUGAGCUAAAUAAUGGCUGUGAAAACGCCAGCUGAGAUUGGUUAUUUCAGAAGUGACUGGGCUGUACCCCUAGCUUAAGCAGCAAAAUAGGCUGUGGGCCAGUGGUCUGGUAUCUGAUAGGAUUGCCAAGACAAGCCUUGCAGAGCUCAUGCCCCACUGUUCUUAUGGAGCCACUGGGAAGUGGAGUUCCCUAAAUCAGGGGGAGUCAUUUACAGUCGCCUGGCUUUUGUGGGCCCUGCAGCCAGAGAAGUGAGUCAGGGUGGCAGGUACUUGGUUGCCACGUUAGACAGAAGCACAAGUAUUUGAUGAAGCAGUGGAACUUCUUGAUGUAACUAACUCCUGUCUCGGUAACUUUUUACCUACCUCCACAUUUUUUUAAGGGUCGACCCCCAUUUCCUACAGUUUCUCUAUAUCCUUGCCACUGACACAUGCAAGCUUACGCCAAGACAUAAAGGAGGUCAUGCUGAUGCCACAGUUAACACAUCUCUAUCCACAGCUGGGCAAUAUGAAAGACAAUUGCUAAGGAAGCUUUCCCCUGUCAGGAUACUGAUCACUUUAAAGUAUAACUUAACAUUACCUCCCCUUGUAAAAAUCUUCCAAUAGAUUCCCAUCUAAAUGAAAAUAAAAUCCAAAUUCCUUCCUAGAGCCAAAUAUUAUUUUUCUUCACUCUCCUUACUUUGCUUCAUCCCACUGGAUCUUAAGGUGCAACAAACAUGUUUCUCAUAUAGGAAGUGUGGUAGGCAGAAUUCUGAAGAUGUUCGUUCCUCCAAGAGACCCAUCCUCUGCCUAUUCAGUCAAAUCUAGGCACUGCUGGGAAGGGACUUUGCAGAGGUAAUGCGGUUACAGACCUUCAGAUAGGGAGGUUAUCUUGAAUUAUUUGUGUGGGGCCAAUCUAAUUUCGUAAGUCCUUAAAAGCAGAGAAUGUUCUCGGACUGGUUAGAGAAGAGGAGGGCUGAAGAGGCAGAAGAAAGAUGUGGCAGAGAGGACGUCCAAGAUUCCAAGCAUGAAAAGGAUUUUCUCUGAAGUUGCAGCUCCGUGAAGCAGGAGCCUAUGUGCAAGGGCUGGAGAGAAGUCUCUAGGAGCUGACAGGAGUCUCCAGACAAUAGCCAACAAAAACCAGAGGUGUCAGUCCUACAACUGCAUAGAAGGGAAUUCUGCCAGCAACCUAAAUGAGCCAGGAAGCCUCACCCAGUUGAGAAUGCAGACCGGCUGACACCUUGAUUUCAGUCUUUACAGGACUCAGAGCAGAGAAACUGGUAGAGACUCCCAGACUUCUGAUGUACAGAACUGUGGGGUCAUAGUGGUGUGGUUCUAAGCUCUAAGUUUAUGAUAGUUUGUUGUAGCAGCAAUGUGGGGUAGGGAACAUUACACUGUCUGUUCUUUGAGUGUGGAAAGCUCUUACAGCUGCUUCUUCAAGUUAGUAAAAUAUAAUUUCUCCAGCAAGGCCUUCUUUGACCACUGUGAGAUAGCCUCCACUAACUUGCAACACAUGCAUGCCAUCACUAUCAUAUUAUCCUACAUUUUUUAUUGGUAAGUGUUACUAACUGAAAAUACUUAUGCUUACUGUCUUUGUCUCUAAUCCUAUAUCACACCCAUUAGAAAGUUCUUUACAGCUAGGGACUGUGUACUUCACAACCAUGCAAGAUUCAUGAGACUUUUGAAAAACCCAACAUCAUGAGAGGCACCCAGAGAAGCAGCAGAGUGAUUCCCAUCAAAGAAAACCAUUGGUUCAGGAGACUAGAGCUUUAGAAAGUCUUGAUCCCAGAAGACAUGAUAGCCACCAAAUUAAAAUAGGCAGCUAUUGUAUUAGUAUAUUGUUGCAUAACAAUAUCACCACAAACUUAGUGACUUUAAACGACACACAUUAAUGACCUUGUAGUUUCUGUGGGUCAGGCUUAGCUGGGUCCUCUGCUUCAGGGGCCCACAGGGCUGCAAUGAAGGUGUUGGUCAGGGCCGUGGUCUCAUCUGAGGCUUGUUGGGGAAGGAUCCACUUCUCAGCUCAAGUGGUGGUUGGGCAACAUUCAGUUCCUUACAGAUGGCUGGACAGAGGGCCUCAGUUCUUGCCAUCUGUUGGCUGAAGGUUGCCCUCAGUUGCUUGCCAUGUAGGCAUUCCAACAUGGCUGCUUGCUUCCUCAAGGCUGGCAGGGGAGAGAGCCUUUCCAGCAGCAUAGAUGUUAUUAUCUUCUGUAAUGUAAUCACACAGGCAACACUUUGUCACCUUUGCUGUAUUCUGUAGGGUGGGAGCAAGACACAGGUCCUUCCCACUCUUAGGGAAGGGUAUUACAAAUGACAACUACCAGGAAGUAGGGAUCAUGGAGCCUGCUUCAGAAUCUAUCACACCUAUGAAAUAAAGGCCCAGGAAACAGAAGAAUUCUAAUGGUUAAAAUAAAAAUCUUAGUGGAAGAACUGAAUUUUUUAAAAUGGAAAGGGCUGAAACAAGAUAGUUAAAAGGAAGAAUAAGCUGUGGAAUUAUUUUACAAUCUUCAGCAGACAGAGCUAGAGUGAGGAGUUAAGUAGUAUGUCAGAUUCCAGGAAAUUAAUAUCCAUAUAAUGGGGAAUCUAUAGAAGUAAAAAAGAGAGAGGUAGAUGAUAAUUACAUUAUUAAGAGCAGAGCAGAUAAUUCUUCUGAGUGAAAUACAUAGUUCAUAUCAAAAACACCUACUGAGUGUGUGGUGUUAUGAUAUAUAUAUAUAUAGGUUUUUCAUCCAGGAUUCUUUGGCUUAUAACUCCCACAGCCCUUAUAUAUUCUUAUUAUAACGGAUGUGUUAGGCCUCAGGUAGACCUCUGGUGUUCUGCCCUCCUUCCACUCUGAUGUUCUCCCACCUUUCUGAUUGUGGGUCUUAAGACUCUCAUAAUACCUCAAGAGGACAGGGUUCAGAGAGCUUCCCAAUAGCUGAACAUGUGGAGGUUCCUGGAGAGUGGUGUGCCCAGGGAGGGCGUGGAAGCUCCAAGCCCCUUCCCCCAUACUUCCCCCUAGCGUUUCUUCAUCUGUAUUUUUUCCAGUAUAGAGCAAUAAACUGGUGAACCAAGUGUUUUCCUGA